AUGGCGUCGGCUCUUUUUUUCCUGGACCUUAAGGGCAAGACCCUCCUGGCCCGUAACUAUCGCGGAGACAUUCCCAUGUCCGCCGUCGAGAAGUUCCCUAUCCUCCUCAGCGAAGCGGAAGAAGAGUCAUCGGCUGUUCCUCCCUGUUUCUCCCACGAAGGUGUCAACUACCUCUACAUCCGACACAGCAACUUGUACAUUCUCGCCUUGACCAAGCGAAACACCAAUGCCACCGAGAUCCUCCUUUUCCUCCACAAGCUUGUGGAGGUUUUCACCGAAUACUUCAAGGUUCUUGAGGAGGAGAGUAUCCGAGAUAAUUUCGUCAUCAUUUACGAAUUACUGGACGAGAUGAUGGAUUUCGGCUACCCACAAACGACAGAGAGCAAAAUCCUGCAGGAAUACAUCACACAAGAGUCGCACAAACUGGAGGUGCAAGCGAGGCCACCCAUUGCAGUCACAAAUGCUGUUUCUUGGCGAAGCGAAGGUAUCCGAUACCGCAAGAACGAAGUCUUCUUGGAUGUGGUCGAGUCUCUUAACCUUUUGGUCUCGGCCAACGGAAACGUACUUCGAUCGGAGAUUCUGGGUGCUAUCAAGAUGAAAUGCUAUCUCAGCGGUAUGCCCGAGUUGCGACUGGGUUUGAAUGACAAGGCCAUGUUUGAGACAACGGGACGGGCUACACGAGGCAAGGCUGUGGAGAUGGAGGAUGUCAAAUUUCACCAGUGCGUUCGUUUGUCUCGAUUCGAGAACGAUCGAACCAUCAGCUUCAUUCCACCAGACGGUGAAUUCGAGCUCAUGAGUUACCGGUUGAAUACUCAGGUCAAGCCACUGAUCUGGGUUGAAUGCUUGGUCGAAUCGCACUCGGGAUCGCGCAUUGAAUAUAUGCUCAAGGCCAAGGCCCAGUUCAAGCGGCGCAGUACAGCCAACAACGUCGAAAUCCUCGUCCCCGUUCCUGAGGAUGCAGAUUCACCGCGGUUCCGCACUAAUAUCGGUACUGUGCACUACGCACCGGAGAAAUCGGCCAUUAUCUGGAAGAUCAAGCAGUUUGGUGGUGGCAAGGAGUUCCUCAUGCGCGCUGAGUUGGGUCUGCCUUCAGUCAAGGGAGACGACGAGCAUGGUGGCGGCAUGACUGGUGGCUUCGGUGGUAGUAUGGGUGGAGCUGGCGCCAUCGGCAAGGCCAAGCGGCCCAUUAACGUGAAAUUCGAAAUUCCAUACUUCACCACUUCCGGGAUUCAAGUGCGGUACCUCAAAAUCACUGAGCCAAAGUUGCAAUACCCUUCUCUACCCUGGGUCCGCUACAUCACGCAAUCAGGCGACAUUGCGGUCCGUAUGCCAGACGUUCAAUAG